AAACAUUGAACAAAAACCGAGCACAAUGUAUCGUGGCUAAGAUGCAUGAUUCAUAUAUGAUUUCAGAGUGCGGCUGCAGGGUGCGCUGCGGUACGCGUUAGCAAGCAAACGAUAAAAAGUAGCAAAAAGCAAAAGGUAAAAAAACUAAUUCCCUAGCGAUGAGAAUCUUAGCCGAGAAUAAGCGAAUAAGAAAGGACAGCAAAACAAAAAAAAUCCAAGAAGCAUAAUUAAACAACUUUAAGGGCCUCUUUCUAUUCUUACCACUCACUGCCCAUGAAUAAGUUAAAAAAAACAAUGAAGCAUAAACGUAAAACAGACAAACACUAGUAAAAAAAUAGAAACAAAGAAACAAAAGAACACGGCAUUGCAUCAAGACAUACAAUACAAUAACAAGCAAAACAACCAAACAAAAACCGCAGUUAAAGCGACGCUAGCACAAUGCGGCUGGAGAAUGGUAAUCACGGCAGACAGGGACAGCGAUAGGCAGAGGGAGAAUGAAAGAGAGAGAGAGAGAGAGAGAGAGAGAGAGCAAAAACAAGAGCAAGAGAGUAUAGAACCCGCUGCUAUACAAACAGACAACAUACAAAUAAAUAGUAACAUGAUGCAGAACAAAUGUUAAAAUAAAAGUGUAUAAUUAUGAUCAAUGCGUUUGCGGAUGGAAAUUCACUGAAUCUAACUUGUAAAAACCAACCAAAACUCGACACAAAAUCUUCACACGCUAUGACACGGCUAUGGAGUGGAUUAUUGCGGUGAUGGAGAAGGCAAAUAAAUUGGCGAAAAAACAGGAAUGCCACCGUUGUUCUGCUGCCCGGCUGUUGGGUGAGAAGAGUUGAUUUGCAGUUUAAAGGAAGGUGGUUUAACCGGAAGGAGAUUUGACGUUGAACUGAUGUUGAUGUUAUAUCCUGAAUGAGGAAGUGGAAUGUGUUUCCUUUUAAUUCUCUCACUCUCUCUCUCUCUCUAUCUUUCUAUCUUGAGAAGUAAAGCAGCAUGUUUGCCGUUGCACAAUUAUUAAGUUUGUCAUGUCAUGUUGCUGUUGUUCGUUCUUUUUUGGAGAUGCUACUAUCCUCUAUAUGGUCAGCAUCUGCACUGGGACACGGAGUGGUUACGGAAUUGUUUCAAAAAAGUCUCUUUAUAGAAUGUGUUCGAGUAAUUUUUACUCCCCACGUGUGGAUCAUGUUAGGAGGAAAGUGGUAAUGGUUGCCCUUGGAGUUCAGAGUUGGCAGAUCUUCAACCUACAACAUUGAGAGCAGACUAGUCACGACCGUGCACUGCUUCGCGGACGCUGUAUGCACACACUGUGGGCGUGAGUGAGUGUUUAGGUUGAUCUGUGUAUCACAAGCUUCACUAUCACAGCAUCAGCUACUGCGAUCCGAUAGGUUAGAGCUACCCUUUGGUCUCAAGGAUGCCAUGCGAGAGACGCGCCUGCUGUGUUUGCUUACGCGCGUUAAAUGUGUAAGCGAAGCAGCUGUGUUCAUUCUGCCACCAGGCUGCAAUCGAUGUUCAGAAAGGGAGGGAAAAGGGAGCACAUGGGUGUAGAGCUCGAUAACUCUCUCUCUCCCUCUCCCUCUCUACCUUUCUCCCUCUUCUUCCUUUCCCCCCUUCCGAGGAUCUAAUCAUCCACCGAAGUGGAUGCUGCACCGAAAUCGGCGAGAUAGGAUGUAACCAUGUUGCAAAGUAAUAAGUAAUCUAAGCUCACCUCACAGACAUACACGCAUAUACAAAAACGUACAGUGGAAGAGAACGCAAAUCCAGUCAAACAGCCCUGCAACUAUGCAAAACACGUAAGCAAACCUUAAACUAAACGAUAAGAGAGCAUCGAAACACGGAUUGCGAAGUGUUGCAGUGGAACAGACAUGACUUGGGGGGCAUAUUAAUGAACUAUAAAUUACACCUUUAAUAUCAGCAGAAAAUCCCUCCCCCCCUCCCCACAAAAACAAGAUACAAGCAUAUACCAGAAACACACAGACACAUACACAAGCCCCUGGGAUGAAGCAAGGGGACGCAAAUGCCGUCGUCGCUGCAGCUGCGGCGCGGUGCGUCGCGUAAAAUAGCGUAAAAGAAUACCUUUUUGGAGCUUAGGGCAUCUGUAGAAAAUUACGAGUUAUAAGUAUUUUUUUAAAUAUAAAAUAAUAAAAUCGAUCGAUAAGAACCGAGCGCGGAAGGCGGAGGGCGGAGGACGUCGCCGAUGUUGCUGUUACGAACCGGGUUCGGAGUCGGGCCCAUGAAGAUUUCAUCCUUUUCACCAACAACCAUCAGCCCUCCAGAUCGGUUACGCCCUUUUCAACCCCACUCCUAGAGUAGGAGAAUGAUUUAUUAGGUUAGUCGGUUACAACCGGAUACCUUCUUGUUAAGUUGUUUAAAGAGACUUGGUUCCGUAUUCCGUAUUGUCCGUUUCAUCUUUAAUUGUGUCCUCUCGACACGUUUGUUUUUCUUGUAGUUUCCCCAGUAAAAAGUAGUGCCCAGCCCACGCAAUCACACUCCCACCCAUUCCAAGGGGUGA